AGCGACUGGCAUGGCGAGCGGCGGCGGCGGCGGAGGCGCGGCGGCGCGGAUGGACCCGGAGGUGGCGACAGAGCUGGUGCGGAAGGGCGCCACCCUCCUCCUCCUCGAUGUCCCCCAGCGCACACUCUUCGGAAUCGACACCCAGGUGUUCUCCGUCGGGCCCAAGUUCAAAGGGAUCAAAAUGGUGCCUCCGGGGCCGCACUUCGUCUACUACUGCUCCUCCAGCAGGCACGGGAAUGAGUUUGCACCUACCGUUGGAUUCUUUCUUACUACUCAACCAUCUGAGGUGAUUGUUCGAAAGUGGGAUGCGCAAGAGGAAAGGUUAAUCAGACUGUCAGAAGAGGAGGAAAUCAGAUACUCAGAAUCAGUAAGACGUUUCGAGUUUGAUGAUCAGCUUGGAUCAUACAAUUUGGAUUCUUUUGGAGACUGGAAACAACUUUCAAGCUACUUGUCACAUAGUGUCAUUGAACGACUUGAACCAAUUGGAGGGGAAAUUACAAUUGCAUGGGAGUCAUCAUGGAUGGAUAAAGCUCCCCAAAGUGACAUGGAGAGACGCUUGAUGGAACAACUAAGAGAAGACAAGUUUGCAAAUAAUGCUUCUGUGCAGUCUGAGCGGAGAGGAUGCUACUACACAAGUAUCCCUGCUUCGGUUAAGCACAAGAACAUCUCAGUGGAUGAACUGACGGCGCUGAAUUUGGACAAAACAAGCUUGCUUGAGAGUGUUUUGGCCAAAAAUUAUCAAGGUCAAGAAGAUAUACUCUUGGGAGAGCUGCAGUUUGCUUUCAUAGCUUUUAUGAUGGGCCAGUCACUGGAGGCUUUUAUGCAGUGGAAAGCAUUAGUCAGUCUUCUUUUGAGCUGCAGUGAAGCUCCCCUUCAUACAAGGACUAACAUGUUUGUAAAGUUUAUUAGGACAUUUUACUAUCAACUCAAGCAUGGCUUUCAACGUACCCAAGAUUCCAGGAGCAGUGGGGAUAUGGGCAACUCUCUGUUUUUGGAUGAAGCAUGGUUUUCAAGAGACAUAUUCCUGUACCGUCUUUCCAAGGAUUUCUUUAUGGUGGUACUUGAAGCCCCUGUUGUUGAUGGAGACCUUCUAUCAUGGGCUAGAAAACUUAAAAUGCUUCUGGAGACUACGUUUGGAUGGGAUCUUGAGAACAAUGCAGUGAACCUGAUUUAUGAAGACGACGAGUUUGCUCCUGUGGUUGUGGAAAUGGAUGGGUCGUAGACUAGUGAAGUCACAUUCCAUGAAAUCUCUCGAGGAUAUGGUGCACUUGUAGGAUACUUGACUAAUGAUUGACUUGCUUAACAGUUGACUACUUGUUUGACGAUGGAGAUAAGUAAGAUCCUCUGUUUAGUGGUCCUGUGGUAUCCUAGUUUUUCUGAAUUGUUUGGCCUGUAAAUAUAUGAAGAGCGUAAACUUUGUAGCUGCAUCAACUAUGCAGUAUGUGCUAUUGCAUAUUAUGCAGAGUAUGGACACUAAGAUAAUGUUCUUUACCCUGUGUGAGACAGCGUGAAAAGACUAGUUAAGCCAUUGUGUUUUUAACUGCAAUUUGUGAAUGAAGAAGCAAAAAUUUCAACGCA